ACGACCUUCCCCUUCGCAGGAGACAGUUGCUGCAAUCCGCAAAGCAUGGGCUACAUCAAGAAAAUAGUUGAGGCGAAAAUACCAGGGAUUUAUGUUCUCUCUCUCAGGAUUGGAGACAACCUGAUCCAGGAUAUGGAGAACAGCUUCUUUAUGAAUGUGAAUGAUCAAGUGAGAGAGGUGUGUAGCCAGCUUGCAAAGGACCCUCACCUGAAAGGAGGCUACAAUGCAAUUGGCUUCUCCCAAGGAGGCCAGUUCUUGAGGGCAGUGGCCCAGAGGUGUCCUUCUCCACCCAUGUUCAAUCUGAUCUCCGUUGGGGGGCAGCACCAAGGAGUCUAUGGCUUUCCACGCUGUCCUGGUGAGAGCUCCCAUAUCUGUGACUGGAUCCGAAAGACGCUGGAUCUGGGCGCCUACACGCAAGCUGUUCAGGAGCACUUGGUACAAGCAGAGUAUUGGCAUGACCCUUUGAAGGAGGAGGACUACAGGAAAAACAGCAUCUUUUUGGCUGACAUAAAUCAAGAGAGGGGCAUCAAUGAGACAUACAAGAAAAACCUAAUGGCUCUGAAAAAGUUUGUGAUGGUGAAAUUUCUCAAUGAUACCAUGGUCGACCCUCCAAUCUCUGAGUGGUUUGGGUUUUACAAAAGUGGUCAAGCCAAGGAGACCAUUCCGCUGAAGGAGACAUUGCUGUACACAGAGGAUCGCCUGGGGCUGCAGCAAAUGGACAAAGCAGGAAAGUUGGUGUUCCUGGGGGUAAAAGGGGAUCACCUGCACUUCUCAGAAGAGUGGUUUUACACCACUAUCCUCCCCUUCCUCCAGUGAACCUAGGAGGAGGCAUCACGUGAGAGUACUGUGGAGGCUCUGUCACUGUAGCUAAUGCAGCUGCUACUGUGCCUGUGAGGGAUCUGGGGGAGCAGAAGGGGGGCUUUAGCUCAGCAGUUCCACAGUAUGCAGAGGUGGCACCCCUGUUAUACUGCAGUAGGAGACUGAGAUUCCUCUGAACAUAAUUAAACUAACUCUAAAGCACUCCAAUCCUAUGCAGGCCCUGGUAAGGCUGCAGUUGUGCCAGUCACUCCAUCAUGGCAGAAUGGCUGAGCUGCUCAAAAUGUUCGUUUUAAGUCACGCUUACAGCCCAUGGUACCUGUUCCUCUCAGGAAGCAAUGGCACUAUUAACCAAAAUCACUAGUUUAUGUAAGUCUACUUGCUGAUCUCCUUCAGCAAUGCAGCUUACUUAGCUGUAUGCAGAGGAAAGAUAGAUUACAGUCUCUACUUCAAGGCAGGGAAAAGGGCCAAAUUUAGGUGAUUCUAGGGGGAAAGGGAGGGUUUUGGAUUAAGUGGGUAUUAACAUCUUUAACAGUUUUUGGCUAAAGGCUUACUUUAUGCACUUUUGUACAGCAAUUCACAUGAAUAAAAACUUUACCUCUAACCAACUAAAAAAGGGGUGAGAUUUGAGAGUUACUGACAGGUUGAGUCAGUGAGGGGGGUUAAGGGAAAGUCUACACUUCCUCUUCAGUUUUGCUGCAUGGAGCAAGUACUCUUCAAAGCAAUCCCAGCAGAGUUAUCCAGCAAGGGCCAUCUUGUCCUAUCUGAGGUCCUGUACAUCUCUGUGCAGACUAAACAAGAGCCAUUAUAAUGAGCAAGUUGGCAUUAACUUUAUUCUAUCUUCUGUAUAAUCUCAAGUACAUAAGAAAGGUUUUUCCACAAGCCUCAGGAGAAGACAAGUACAAGUCACAGGACAGUCUCAAAAUAAAAAAAUUGCAUAUUUUUUUGUAAGUUUUGUCCUAGAGAAAGAGAACAUUGACACUUUACAGAGGAAAUGCCUUUAAGAUAUGCUUAUGCCACCCGAGGCAUUGGAAACAUGAAGGUCAAAGCACGUGCAGCGCCCUGUAUAGGUCAGUACAGUACUGUGUCUUAGCUUCAUUGCUCUACUCCAGGGCCCUGGAACAGAGACUGCAAGCCUCCCGCAAAGUAAAGAGCCAAGCAACAGGGGAAAGGGGAGAUUGAGAAGUUUCACUCUAUGGUGACUGAACACCAAUGAGAAAGAGUGAUGAACCAACUUGUUCCAACUCAGAUGUUUACUAUACUGCACUAUUGACCCUGGAAUGAAGGAGACCCUUCCUCUGCAGAAGGGGACAGGUUGAGAAGUGUCCUGGAAGACUGAACCUGAGUUCAGCUGCUCUGAGAAGGAAGCCCUGGGGCAAAGAUUCCCUUUAGAGGGUGGAGGGCUCAUGGAAAGGUGCUCAGCUCAAGCUUCCAGCUGGACUGCUGGGGGAGGGUUACUGCAGUCACUCCACUGCAGUCUUCCUGUGGCACCAGUUAAUAUAAAGCCUCCUGUCAUGGCACAAUCAGAAAUACACUGAGCUAGUAGGAAUGAUGAACGGGAAGUCAGGGUGGAAUGCUACAGCCCAAGUCCUCAGCCUUUGGUCCAACAAAACUGUUCCCAUGUCCUGUAAUGCCAGUGAUUAAUACACAGAGCUGGAAUUAGCAGCUUCCAGGGCAUCCUUGAGACAUCUGCCAUAGCAACUGCGUACUCUGGACCCUAGACACUGUUAUUUGUUGACUCAAAAAAAGGGGACAGCUUUCUUCUCUCACAUGAAGAGUUUGCUUAAAGGCAAUUAAAAAAAAAAAAAAAAA